AAAUUUUUACUAAUUAUGUUUAUUAUUGAAAUUACAGGUUUACUUAAAAAUGGGGACUUUGAGAAGGGUCCAAACCCGGAGAACUUGAAGGGAACCGAGGUCAUUAAACCCGACGCGAUACCCGAAUGGGAGAUAUCGGGUUUCGUUGAGUACAUCAAAGCGGGUCAAAAACAAGGCGACAUGCUUCUAGUGGUACCCGAGGGUGAGAGGGCGGUUCGACUCGGAAAUGAGGCAUCGAUAAAACAAUACGUGAAUGUGACGAAAGGGUUGUACUAUUCCAUCACGUUCAGCGCCGCCAGGACAUGUGCCCAGGAGGAAGCAUUGAACGUGUCGGUUGCCCCGGACUUCGGGGUCCUCCCAAUGCAAACUCUUUAUAGUAGCAAUGGUUGGGAUUCGUAUGCUUGGGCUUUUCAAGCCGAUUAUGAUGUCGUGGAGAUCCUUAUUCAUAAUCCUGGAGUCGAAGAGGAUCCCGCUUGUGGACCACUCAUCGACUCCAUUGCAAUGCGGGUACUCUACCCUCCAAAACUCACCAAUAAGAAUGUAUUGAAAAACGGAGACUUUGAAGAAGGGCCAUAUGUAUUCAAAAACACGGCAUGGGGUGUCCUAAUCCCGCCAAACAUUGAAGACGAUCACUCGCCACUACCCGGUUGGAUGAUCGAGUCGCUCAAGGCAGUUAAGUACAUCGACUCAGACCACUUCUCGGUCCCUCAGGGAAGUAGGGCUAUCGAGCUCGUGGCAGGAAAAGAGAGUGCCAUAGCUCAAGUGGCACGAACCAUCCCGGGGAAGACCUACGACCUAUUCUUCGCAGUUGGAGAUGCAAGCAACUCUUGUGAAGGAUCCAUGAUCGUGGAAGCCUUUGCUGGAAAGGACACUUUAAAGGUACCUUACGAAUCCAAGGGUAAAGGAGGGUAUAAACGUGCUGUACUUAGAUUCACUGCGACUUCAGUUCGCACUCGCAUUAUGUUCUAUAGCACAUUCUAUACCAUGAGGAGCGAUGAUUUCUCGUCGCUCUGUGGUCCUGUUAUCGAUGAUGUGAAGCUUCUGAGCGUUCGUAAACCGAGGAAAAUGUGAGAUGUUAAGUAAACCGGAAGAGAAGUGUUUGUCGCGAUAGUAGUAAACGCAAUGUAAUAUUUCGUUUUUUGUUUUUGGAGUUGCUUGUUGUGGAACCUAAGAAGAAAGCCAAAGAGAAGGUUUAUUUGAUUGUCA